AAGAGAAAAGCUUCUCAAGCUGACGACGUGGCCGCGGUACGUCUCGAUCCCGUGUGGUGUCAACGGACCGGGGCGAUUCAAAUAAGGCGGACACACCGGCUUUGCUUUGUUCAGAGAGUCGUGGACUUCAGCUGACAUCCUCGGACAACUGACUGAGGAACUUUUGACAUAAUCACCGUCCAACAAUGUCCGGGAAAAUUAGGAACCGAAGUGCCGCGAACGCAGAAGCGCUAUCCGCCGGCGUUUCCUGCGAUGAGCGCAUCUUGCGGGAUUGCCACCAUCUGUACACGGAUCCCGACAGCGGGUUGAUGACAGUGGCCGAAUCUGUCGGGGUGAAGUUGCUGCCACCAAGGAAAAAGAUCAGUGUGAUGCUGAUGGGAAACCACUCUGCCGGGAAAAGCUCCUUCAUCAACUGGUAUGUGGAGGAGCACAUCCAGCGCACUGGAGUGGCCAUUGAGACCCAAGGCUUCAGUUUUAUCACGAGUGGACGCAAGAGAGAAUCUCUCACAGGAAAUGCCACCCUUCAUCUAUAUCCACACUUCAAGCCUCUGCAGAAGUUCAAAGGUGUCUCCGAGUACCUGAGCACAGAGAUCUGCACCUCACGACAGAAACGGUUCAGCUUGGUGACAUUUGUGGAUUCCCCGGGCUUGGUGGAUGGUGAUAUGAAGUAUCCCUUUGACGUAGACGAGGUUCUCCUGUGGCUCGGUGAUCUGUGUGACUUGAUCCUGGUCUUCUUUGACCCCAUGGGUCAGGCUCUGUGCAAGCGCACCCUCAACAUCGUGGAAAGUCUGAAUGAGAAACACGGGGACCGGCUGCAUUUUUACUUGAGCAAAGCGGACGAGGCUGGGGGAGAGUCGGACAGACAGAGAGUAAUGAUGCAGAUUGUCCAGGAGCUCUGCAAGCGACCUGGACUCAACAAAUGUGGCUUUGACAUGCCCACCAUCUAUAUCCCCAAUCCUAACAAGCCAAGUCGCUGCGUCAACCAGAUUGAGGAGGUUUGUCGUACUGUCGAGAAGACGAUUAACCAAACGGUCCAGAAUACCCUCAACUCUCUGGAGAAGGACUGUGAGCUCAUUAGUGAGGCCAUCACUGAUACGCUCAGUAACGACAGACAGACCACCGUAAAGAACCGACGAGCACGCUGCAAGAGCUGCUUCCUGACUCUGCUCGGCUUCAGUGUCCCGAUGGCUCUGAUGGCUUUACUGGUGCUGGGCGCUCUGUCCAAGGAUCUUCUGCACAUGGCUCUGGGCCACGAGGGCACAGAGGCGCUCUCAGUCUACCUGACUCCCAUAGUGAGAAUAUUUGACUCCCUCUCCGCGGAGCAGCAGCUUUACACCUGUGGGGGACUGGUCCUCCUCUCCUUCCUCCUGCUCAUCAUCGCACGCUUCUCCUUCAGGACUCAACCAACUCUGUCAGGCAAACAGAGGAGGCAGUUGCAGGAGAAGCUGGAGUAUGUUCUGGAGGUGGUCAAAACCAAAAAGAAAAAUCUCUAUGAAGAAUACCUCCGCCAGAGUGUCAGCGAUCAGGACAUGGAUUUGUAAAGACACAUGAGAUCUACGCGAAGACACCACAUCCCCACAGUGAUCCAGGUCCAAGUUUUCCAAGGUUUCUUCCAAUCUGUAAACUACACUUUGAAGCACAUAUAAAAGCUCUGAUGCUUUGUAUUCUGUAAAACCUGUCUCACUUACUAUUUGAGGAUGUUUCCUUCUGUGAAACCCGUUAAACCACACUACUUGCAGAUAAGAAGGGUUCAGUCUCAAGGCAGAUGAACUUUUAUUACAGAUAACUUAUUCGUUGUGAGCAUUUAUAAACAUGUCCUCUGUGACUCUGCUCCACUCAAAGGAACUUGGGCGUGUACCACUUAAAGAUAUAACAAAAAUAAUAAUAAUUCCAAUCUAUUUAUAAUAUUACUUUAUCAGAGAAACUGUAUUUUGCUUGAAUGGCAUAUAGCACUGGUUUACGCAAGUCACAUUGUAUGUGUUACAGACUUUCACCAGCAUUUUAAACAGUACUUUGUCUGCUUUGUAUCAUGAAGUUAGUUUUGGUAUUAAUGCACAAAUUUCAAUCAUGAACAUCUGUGUUAUAAUAUGUAGAAUAUGCAAUUGACCACACAACUCAGACUAUUGAAGUAAAUGAAGAUUGUGAGCCAGUAAUCAAACACUGUACCUGUUACCAAAUUCAACUUUUUAUACUUUUCUGUUUCUACUUUGUGACUGUUUUAACUACAACAAAUUAAUAAAGAAUAAUGUUCAGUACAGAAAGUGAUCAUA